UCUUCUCUCAUUAUCUCAAUCUCGUGGUGGAAAGACUUUGAACGUUUUUGUUUGCGAUUUUACCGCAAAAUGACAGCGUUUUUGCCGUCCAAUCUUUUAGCGUUAUUCGCUGCAAGAGAACCUAUACCAUAUUUGCCACCGCUUGAUAAACUUGGCCAUCAGAAGAAACCAUGGCCGUACAUCGGAGUGUCCAACCAUCUUGGGAUGUUUGAGGAUCCAAAUGAAACACCAGCUCCAACCAGGGCAGAAAAUAGAAUAGAAAAAUCUGAACGAAAAAAAAAAGAGAGAAAUGAAAAGAACAAGCUUCAACUGGAACAAGCUUUGGAAGAUUGGGAUCCACAUACAGACCCUAAUGCUGUGACUGAUGCCUUUAAGACCUUGUUUAUUGGUCGAUUAAACUACGAUACAUCUGAAAGCAAGUUACGAAGAGAAAUGGAAAUCUAUGGCCCUGUGAAAUCUAUCCAAAUGGUGACCAAUACAUCGACAGGAAAACCACGUGGUUACGCAUUCGUUGAAUUUGAACACGAACGAGAUAUGCACUCUGCUUAUAAACAUGCUGAUGGCAAGAAGAUUGAUGGUCGACGUAUCGUGGUUGAUGUCGAGAGAGGAAGAACUGUGAAGAAUUGGAAACCGCGGCGUUUAGGUGGUGGUCUUGGCGGCACUCGUAAUGGCCCAGCUGAGAUGAACGUAAGACAUUCAGGUCGUGUAGAGAACUUUGAAAGGGAUCGUGAACGUGAAGAUCGUGGUGGUGGUGGUGGUGGCGGCGGCGGCGGUGGUGGUGGAGGUGGUGAUUUCCGUGAUCGUCAGAGGCGUGAACGUGACCGCGACCGUGAGCGUGACCGUGGUGGUCGUGACAGGGAACGUGAUCGGGACAGAGAUAGAGAUCGGGAUCGGCGUAGAGAUCGUGGAGAACGGGAUCGUAGUGAGCGGGAUCGUGGUGAUCGUGAACGAAGUGAUCGUGAUCGUGGUGAUCGUGAACGAAGUGAUCGUGAGCGUGGUGACCGCGAUCGGGGAGAUCGUGAUCGUGGAGAACGUGGUGAUAGAGACCGUGAUCGAGACAGGGAUCGGGACAGGCGUCGUGAUCGAGAAGGUGAACGUAAUCGUGAUGGUGAACGUGAAACACGCGAGGGCGAGCGUGAAGGGGAAAUUCGUGAGCGUGAAGGAGUUCGUGAGCGUGAAGGAGUUCGUGAGCGUGAAGGAGUUCGUGAUGGUGAUAUGCGAGAACAUAAUGAUUUGAAACAGGAACGCGAGGAAGGGGAGCGCGAACGUGAUAGCGAUCGUGAGAAGUAUCGUGAUGGAGAACGUGAGCGUGGUGAAGAUCGGGAAAGACAGCGUGAGGGGGAACGUGAUCGUGAUAGAGAGCGUGAUCGUGAUCGUGAUAGAGAGCGUGAUGCGGUUCGUGAUCGAGAUCGUGAUGGCGAACGUGACCGUGAGCGUGGUGGCGAACGCGAUCGUGAGCGUGAUGGCGAACGUGACCGUGAUCGUGAGCGUGAUAGAGAGGGUGAUGGAGAGCGUGAACGUGACCGCGAAAGGGAUGGUGAGCGUGAAAGAGAUCGUUCUGAUCGUGAACGUCGUGAUCGUCACAAGCGUGAUCGUGAUGAAGACGAUGAACGCAACGGUGAAAGAAAAGAAGACGCAAUAAAAAAAAUAAAAACAGAGGAUGAUGGUUAUCAAGUAAACAUGGGAGCAGGCGAUAAGGAAAAACAAAUGGUGAAACAAGAACCAGUAGAUGACUAUUAUUAAACUAGAUUCCAGCCAUGAAAUAGUGCAAGAAUAGCAAUUCCUUGUAUUUGACUAUUGACUUUACACUGGCUUUGUUUUUGCAAACGUGUUGUAAUAACUGCUACUCUAUCCAGGAAAUUUUACAACUUCAACUUAAUUUAAAGUUAAAAAAUUACAACCUCUCUUUAAUAUUGCACGCCCAAUGGCAACAGGAAAAGGCAAGACGGAAACAGCUAUUAUUGCUGUAUUAGCAUUUAAAAAUCCCGUCGUUUGAGAAAUACGUGUAUAAAACUGUGCUUGAUUCAACGAGGUUCACCGCCAUGUUUAACAUUGGUCAUCCGGUUUAACCUCAAUUACUCUUUUAACAAGAUAAGUCAACGAUUUUAUACUGAUAAUAUAAAUGUAAAUAGUUUUCUCCUCAGUUUAGCGUAAUAAAAGAAGGAUCAAAACAA